AUGGCGUUGAUGUUGGUCAAGUUUGACCUGAAGAAGCGGGUGAAGCUCGCCCAGACGGUCUGGUUCAUGUACUGGUUCGCCGUAAUGGCCAGCGUGCUGGUCUUCAGCAUGGGCCUGUUCUUCAAGAUCGAGCUGCGGAAGCGCUCAGAACUCAUGGACAACAACGAGAGCCACUUCCUGCCCAACCUGCUCAUAUUCAUGGGUCUGGUGGCCUGCGGCAUCAACGCCUUUGGAGGCAAAGUCUGCUACGACUCACUGGACCCGAACAAGUUUGUGAAGUGGAAGCCCAUGUUGAAGGUCUUCUUGAUGUUCUGCGUGGGGUUCAACGCCCUGCUGCUGUUGACGGCUCUGCUGUGUUUCCUGAUGAGGAUCCCCCUGCAGUUCACCCUGGCCGAGGGGCUGAAGAGCGGCAUGAGGUACUACAAGGACACGGACACGCCGGGACGCUGCUACAUGAAGAGGACCCUGGACCUGAUGCAGAUAGAGUUUCGUUGCUGCGGAAACGACAACUUCAGGGAUUGGUUUGAAAUCCAGUGGGUUAGCAACCGCUACCUGGACUUCAGCGCAAAGGAAGUGAAAGACCGCAUUGGGAGCAACGUGGACGGCCAGUACCUGAUGGACGGAGUCCCCUUCAGCUGCUGUAACCCCAGCUCCCCCAGACCCUGCAUCCAGCUCCAGAUGACCAACAACACGGCCCACUACAGCUACGACCACUACACGGAGGAGCUCAACGUGUGGAAGCGAGGCUGCCGCGACGCCAUGCUGUCCUACUACGGAGGCAUGAUGAACACCAUCGGGGUCCUGGUGGUGCUGGUCACUAUGCUGGAGGUGGGGGUGACCAUCGGCCUGCAGUACAUCGACACCUCCCUGUCCACGCUGGCUAACCCCGAGGACCCGGAGAGCGAGAGCGAGGGCUGGAUCCUGGAGAAGACCGUGAAGGAGACAUUCACCGACAUCAUGGACAAAAUGAAGUCCAUGGGCAAAGGCAGCAAGGUGGAUGAGGGGGUUGAGGCAGCCGUCGCCACGGUGAGCUGA